UAGUUCCCCCUUGUCUGGCUCUGGAAAGUCCAACGUAAUUUUAAAGACUUUCAAACGGACCAGCUAAAGCGCGCCAAGUUAUCGGUCUAUCGGUUAAUGCUGCAUCAAUUGAGUGCCAUCUCUGAGCUUUGGACGUAAACAACACAACUGCGUUUGUACGGAAAAUCGGAGAAAAGUAGUCCGGGUCGGCACAAAACGCAGCCAGAGACAGAGAGAUUUGAGCACGUGCUGCACCAGCAAUGGACUUGGAGGAGGAUUGUGUGGCCAGCGGGACCACAUCUGCCUGCAAGCGACCGCGGAAGAACACGGAUUCCCGGAUUCCCGAUGGCCAAAUUGAAGAGACCACGGCGCAGGCUGGUGGCGAGAAGAAAACUGUUGCCACAAGCCAAUCCGUAAUUAACAGCACCACAAUCACAAGCAACAACAAUAAUGAAGAGGAAAAGGGCGACAUGUUGGGCCAAGAACUUGCGCUGAUGGAGCAGCAAAAGCAGGAGGAGAUUGAGCAGCCUAAGGAGAAGGAACAGUUGGAGAAGGUGCAGUUGGAUAAAGAGAAGACAGAGCCGAAAAAUGAGCAGUCUGAGAAGAAGCUACCGGAAGAGGCACAACUAGUAGAAGACCAGGCUCACAAGGAUCAGGAGCAGCUCGAGGACAAGUCAAAUGAGGAGCAGGCUGGUCCCUCCUCUCUAGAGUGUCAAUUACCGCCGCAUGCCGCCAGUGCCGAGCUGGCCACCAACAAGCCAAAGACGGUCAAUUCCAUAUUAACUAUGGACAGUGAUGACCAGAAUCCAUCCUCCGCAGCAUUGCUCACCUCGCCCAGGUUCAACCUGCGGAAUAUACCACCCACACGCUCCUAUCGCCGCAUCAACAUAGAGCUAACGGGCACGGUGACCGACUCGGACAGCACUGACUCCGUAGAAGUACCCGAGCAGCAGGAGGAGGACGAACAGGAUGAGCAGGAGGACACAGAGGGCGCGGAUGCAGACGUCGACACCGAUGGGCAGGUGGCCCCAGCUGGACCGUCCGCCGACGAAAGUUCUUCCAACGACGAAAUGGUACACCGCUAUGACCUUUCUAGUGAAAAUGACCUUACCACCGAGGAUGAGAUGGAGUUCAACGAGACGGAAGCCAAUGCCGGCGAUCGUGAGAAAGUCGACUUUGCCGUGGACAAGGAGAUGGGCAAGCAAAAGCCUGCUUACACGUUCAACAGUUUGCAGGAGCUGAUGCACCGGGAGCACAACAUAAUCAACCGGAUUGGCUGGCGUGGCGGCCAUACCUCUGCGCAGAGCUUUGGCCUGGGCUACUACGGUUCGCGACAGGUGGUGGAGCAGAUGACGCUGCUAAGCUGCAUGAACGGGCACAGUGGUUGCGUCAACUGCCUGAACUUCAAUCGCGCCGGCGACUUGAUUUGCUCCGGCUCGGAUGACCUAAACAUUGUCGUCUGGGACUGGGCGAACGAGAAGCCGCUGCACAGCUUUCACUCCGGCCACAGCAUGAACAUAUUCCAGACCAAGUUCAUCGACAGUGCCGGCUGCCUGGACAUUGUGGCCGCCAGCCGGGAUGGCCAGGUGCGCCGGGCCGUCGUCCCGCCGUCGGGUGGUGCCACCAAACCGAUGCGGCUCUACACACACAGCGAAUCGGUGCACAAGAUCGUGCUGGUGCCGCACAGUCGCCACGAGCUGAUGAGCGCCGGCGAGGAUGCGGCCGUCAAGCACUUUGACUUGCGCACCAGCAAUGCGGCCACCACACUGCUGCGCUGCGUCUACCACGAUGCCAAUGAGCGGAGUCGAGUGCGCCUCUUCAGCAUCGCCCAUCAUCCGUUUGCGCCGGAGUUUUGCGUCAGCGGAUCGGACGAUACGCUGCGUGUCUAUGACAAGCGCAAGCUGACCAAGCCCCUCCACGAGAUGACCCCCACUGCUGUUGAGCAGCACAAGAUCGCGCAAAUUACCUGCGCCGUGUACAACCACAGCGGCAGCGAGAUUUUGGCCUCGUUCAGCGAUGCGGGAAUUUAUCUCUUUGAUAGUCGCAACUACAAGGAUGGCGAGUUUUUGCACUGCUACGAGGGUCACAUCAAUAGUCGCACCAUCAAGGGCGUGAACUUCUUUGGCCCCAAAUCGGAGUACAUUGUCAGCGGCAGCGACUGCGGCAACAUCUUCUUCUGGGACAAGAACACGGAGGCAAUCGUCAACUUCAUGAAGGGCGACCACGCCGGAGUGGUCAACUGCCUGGAGCCGCAUCCCUGGAUGCCGGUGCUGGCCACCUCUGGCCUGGAGCAUGACGUUAAGAUCUGGACGCCAAAUGGCCCUGAUAAGAGCGGUCCCCACUCGGAUUCCCUGAAGCAGACGCUGCAGCGCAACUUCAGUCGCAACAUUGUGGACAGAGGUGACUUCGAUAUUAACCAAUUCCAGUACUUCAUCCGCGGCUUCCUGGAGGGUUCCCGCUCCCGCCUCGCUGGGAAUCCCGGCAGCGCCGCGGAGUGGCGACGACGCGCCCGGAGCAACCGCUCCGACUCCAGCAGCAGCAGCAGCUCCGACGACACCAAUGGCCCAGGAGUGCACUGCCGCACGCAGUAAUCCUGAUCCCGAUCCUUAUCCCGAUCCUGCAACAGGAUCAGAGGCGUGGAUGUGCUUCGAAAGCCCUCCUCGACCAGCGUAUAAUUUCUGAUAUAUAUGAUACAUAUGUUAGAAAGCGUUUCUGAAGCUGUGAAUUUGUAAUCGUAUCACAUAAGUGCGCAUAUUUUAAUUAAAAACCGGGUUUAAUAAAUGCUCAUUGAGAAUGA